AAUCAAAACAGCUGGUUUGUUCUGUUUUGCUAAAAUAAUAUGCUUUUCUUGCAUUUAUGAAAUAUAUCUUAUAAAAAUCUAGAUUAAAAUGAAUGAAAUCGAGUAUAAAUUGAAGACAAAUAACAGUGUAUUAAUCGUUAAUGCUGUAGACAAAUUAAUAACCGCUAUAAAGUCAAAGUUUAAAGUUGCCGAACGUCAGCGUUUUGUAUUGGAAAACGAAGAAUUAAAAUAUUUAAGAGAGAAAUGUUCGGUCAAGGAGACAGUGGUGAGCCUGACUGCUUGCCAAGGCCUUCUGGCGUUGGUGGAGUUGGGUGUUUUAGAGAUCGGACAUACUAUGUCUACAAUAGUAACAUUACUGCCCAGUGCACACAAUUACUCUGCUAUAAUUUCCACUAUGGCUGGUCUUCUUAUAUUAGAUCUGAAGUCUAGACUAGUUCCAGGUGAAUCUUACAAAUGCCAGUUCACAUUAAAAUCUCCUCAACAUCCAUUCAUAACAGUUCUAGAGAAGAAUAGAGAAGCAGAAGAUGAUGUGCUAGCCCAAAUGCAUGCACUGUGUAAUCAUCCUGAUUAUAUAGUGUCUUCAAAUAGUCUAGAGCUGUUACGACCAGUAUUUCUGUGGUUGACCUGUAAUCCAAGGCAUAUAGCAGCUCAUUCAUCAAGCUUAAGACCGUGGCAGUUAUUGCUGAGCCUUCCCCAGUCAGGUGCUCAGUCUUCACUUCUGUUAUCAUGUUUGUGUUGCCAGCAGAUCUGCAAUCCCAAGUUGACUGAGCGUGCAUUCACUGCGUACUCGGCUGUUACCGAUGCUGCCAUCUACCGCAAAGAUAGAGAAUAUGUCACUGCUCUAAUGCCCAUAUUAGCUAGAAUAUCCAAUGAGCUUGUUCUAAAUGGCCGAGAUCCUCGGUCGUGUUAUAGUUUAUUAGAGCGCUGUUUAGCGCUGGACGCGGCAGAGUUCCGUCACGCUACCGGCCUCACGUUGACGCUGCUUGCUGACAACUUGCAGCACACAUCUGCGCUGUAUUUACACGAGUUGUUCAACCUGGCUCUCAACAUUAUAAGCAAAUACGAGUGCGGAAAUAUAUCUUUAAACAUCUUCGUGGCCUUGUCACUACAAUGGCUACGUUUGCCUUCGUACCUAACAACUUCAGCUUUGAAAGUUGCAGCGAAAAUCGUUGACACGUAUCAAACUAAAAGUAAAACUGACACAAGUCUGCAUAUGCCCAAUUUGAAGGCGAACAAAAUAUUCCAAUCGCUUUUAUAUACAGACAGGCAUUUGUUUGUCGUAUUCAAACUGAUAGAAAACUGGGAAAGAUUCCGAGAUGAUCCGGACAAAUUGAGGAUGUGGUUAGGUGAUAUCGAAUCACUAGACGAUAAUGUUAAGUUAGACUUGGUGCCGUUUUUAAUUGGUAUCGUUAUGGAGAGGAGAUUUGAAGAUUGGUACAAGGAUAUUGUGAUCGAAGCGUUGAAGAUUGUGGUGACCGUUGUGGAUGCAAAGAAGGAGUUAUGUGUUAUGCUGAUGCCUGUUCUAUUGUAUAAGAUAGCGAGUGACCCGACGCCUAAAGUGCGGAUGCAGUGCUUGAAAGAUUUGCCUUUGAUGGCAAAAACUAAGGAGAAUGUCCCGACCAUAGUGGCGAUAUUGAACAAGUUAAAAGCCAGUAAUGGUGUACCUGUAUCGACCCUUAUUAUGCUGUAUACGACUCUUGCUGAAACCCAGGUGCGUUGUUUUCCGUAUUUGCAAGAAGUGUUAGUCGAGGUAAGCGGCCGACCUGAUGAACCUAAAUGGGAGCUGGACGUCGCCCGUGCCUUUGCAGUCGUCCGUAUUUGCGAAAUAAGGGCUAGCACGCAUGGUAUAGAACUGGUGCCCACAAUAUCGUCGGUGUUGAACCGCUGCACGGAUAGGUCCGGCAGCUCCGCCACGUGUCUAGCGCUUGCGGCGCUGCAGUUGCUGUGGCGCGCCGCAGCUGUAGCGCCGCCCGGCACCUGGCGGCAUCUGCAGCCCAGGCUGGCGCGGGACACGCGGGACACCGUGCGCAUCAGCAUAUGCAAACUUCUGUCAGAAGUGCCAAACUUACGCGUGGCUACGCCCGAAUACGACAAACUUGUGUCGGACGCCGCUCGUCAACUCUGGUCUUACGUAGCCAGUUCCAACGAGCCAGAAGUAGUGGAAUCAGCUUGCGAUGCCUUAGCUAACUUCAAGAUAGACGAUUAUAAACUCAAAGAUGUACCAGAGAUCUAUAGAAAAACUGUGAAACUACCAGCCGCUAAUUGUAAGACGCCAGCUGAUGCUGCUAGGAAACCUGAAGAUGUAUUGGAUUAUAUACCUUGCGAAGUAUGGCCGGAAGUAUUCAAGUACACGAAUCAAGCUGCUCUGAGCGGCGUCCAUCGUAUGGUGAGCAAGUUGGUGGAGCGCGAAGUGCGCGGGUACCGCAGCGGCGUGUACCAGCCCGACGCGAGAGCAGAGCCCCAGGGCUUGGGCUAUCUGCCCCCCGCCAGCGUCGUCAGAGGACUUAUGGAAUGCUUCAGGAAACAGGCGACAUCACCAUCCUACGAUUUCCCGGAGGCGGUUCUCCUUGCGAUACUUCACACACUGACAGCUGAAUAUCCUAAGCCUUUACCACCUGUGGAUCUCUGUUUCCUGCACGAGCUGUUCCAUCGCGGCGCGCAGUGGACAGCUGGUUGUCUCACUCUCGCCGCUAGACAAGCGCAGACUUCUGGUUCUGCUAGAAGAUUGCUGGAGAACUAUCUUCAAGAGUUAUCACCUGAUGCUACCAGCGAAGCCGAUAUUAUUCAAGUAUUCGAACUACUACCGAUUCUAUGUCGCGGUAUGCCUCCCAAUUCACUCCGUGGUCCUCUCGAGCGCUGUCUCUCCGCUGCAUACGAAUCAACUACUAAACUCAAGCCGCUGAAAGAUUCCGAAUCUCUAUUCGUGAAGCUCUUACGUACGAUUAAAGAUAGCUUGGAAUGCGACAAGAUACACGACGCUAACAGGACUCUGCUCUCGCAGUUUGUUGAGAACUAUUUCACUGUUAUACCUGAUGAUAAUGUGGCGUGGUCGACUUACGUGGAGACGUGUAGGUGUCUAUCGACGAAGUACUUGGAGCGUAUGACGUCACCGUCCAGCUGGUGGGAGGUGACGGGCGAGGCGUUACGUAAGGCGUGUGCGGUGCGAGCACGUGUUUCCACUAUCGCCGGCCUCGUGUGGCUUCACGACACUAUAGAUGCGGCAGCAUCACUAAUCACUGAGCAGCAGUAUUCGUUAGAAUGUAUGGCGCCGGCUCUAAAAUCCGCGCAAGUGGACUCUGAGUCCACACGGGAUUGGUUCCAGCAAUUGAUGGCGCGUACACAAGCCGCAUUCAAAGAAACGGAGGAGGUAUCAGCGAAAUUAUACCUACUAGACGUGCUUAUGUUGAGCGUAGUAGUGUUCAGCGGCCACUGGACAUUAGACGACGGUUAUUUGACACGGCGCAGCACUAGAUAUAGACUGAUGCCCGCCGCCUGUUGCCAACUGAUGCAGCGACACAUGUGGACUACUGUACAGCCCCAGAUGUUAGAGUGGAUAAGACACACUUGCCACAGCAUAGAGGAUAGGGAGGCGAGUGCGGCGUGCCGGCGCUCUAUACUCGCGCUCACUCACUGGGAACACUUCGCAAGAGCAUUCCAACAUCUGGACGGAUAUUUUGCCAUAGACACGACGAUAGAAGACUGAUAUAUUAAUAUUUUUCUAAAUCGUCAUGUGUUUUGUAUUGAAAAACAUUUGAUGAUAAAAAUAAUGUUUUCGAAAUCUGGGCCAUCUGCUGACAUUGAAUCAGAAUAACCUCUUUUGUUUGAGUGGAAUAAAGAAGAGCGUUUUAUUAUUUUGCCAUUAUAUUAUAAUGUAAGUUGUCGUUAUAAAAAUAAAAAAAAAACUAAGUGUCCGAUAUUUAGCGAAUUUUGUUACUAAGUGGCUAUAUAACAAUCGUUUGAUAAUGAUCUGCUUUUUUUAAUUAUUGUUGAAAUAAAACAAUUGUUU